AUGCCACCAUCUUCAUCACCAAGCGUUUUGCCCCUGCAACCCAAAAACCCAUCCCCACCACAAAUGUGGAUAUGGAUGAUGGUGGGUGGUGGUUGGUUGCAAAGGAAGGGGGAAGGGGGAAGGAGGAAGGCUAAUGGGGGCAUGGCUUGUGAGGGAGGAGGAAGGAUGAUAGGGCCACCUUUGGGGAUAUGGAGAGGUUGGGUAGAUGCGUAA